AAUACAUAUUGCAGAAGACCAUUCCCGUUCUUAUCCGUUUCUCUGCCUUAAGUAUUUCUACGGAUACUUGGAGAGGUGCAUGGCAUCCACAACCACCCUCUCUAAUGCCCUUUGGGUUUGCGUUCUUUAGGUUCCAGCAUGGCGUUUGGCUUCACGGUGACGGUUUUUAUGAUGCAAUGGCUUUCUUCCUAUCCUUUGCGCUGCAUUCAUCGCGGGCAUGUUUCUCGAGUCUACAUGGGAUCAUAUCAUUAAGGAGAUUUAUAUCCUUAUCCUGGCGCAUUGGGUGGCUUCGGCCUCGGCCACGACUCGCUCGUGGACUUCUCAAUUUGGGUUCAGGGUAUGGGGCCGGCGUACUUCCUACAUGGUAGAGUAGCACUGUGUGCGUGCUUGGAUACUAGUGUUGGUGCUAGGAUUCUUACAUGGGUUAGGUCUUGGGUUCUGAGAUUGGCUUUUUCCGAUGCUCUGGCAUUAAGCCAUUGAGCUGUUACAAUUGCAUACAUAUUUCUAUUCCCAUA